UACAGUAUAUACUAACAUAUGUCCAAAUUUGACUAUGGUUAGAAACUAGUCACUCUGUAGUUAAAAAACACACACACACACACACACACAAAAUACACACACAGCUCUCUCUCCGAUCUCUCCACCGUCGUCGAUCUCCCGUCACUCCCUCUCUCUGGCUUCAAGGUGGGAGCUGGACGGGAACUAAGGGGUCGGGCCUUGUGAUGCCAGUUGUAGCUUGACAAGUGCACUUUUAUAUGCUGUUUUCAGUAUUAGAAAAUAUGGGUUCUCUCUGCAGUAAACAGCGACACAAUCCAGCUGAUUCCGAAGAAAAUGCACAGACUGCAGAAAUAGAAAGGCGAAUUGAGCUAGAAACAAAGGCAGAGAAACAUAUACAGAAGCUUCUUUUACUUGGUGCUGGAGAGUCGGGAAAAUCGACGAUUUUUAAACAGAUAAAACUUCUAUUUCAAACUGGAUUUAAUGAAGCAGAGCUAAAGAGUUAUAUUACAGUUAUUCAUGCAAAUGUGUAUCAGAUAAUAAAAAUAUUGUAUGACGGGGCAAAGGAAUUGGCUCAAAAUGAAGAAGAAUCAUCAAAUUAUGCCUUAUCGGAUGAAAUAAAGGAAAUAGGGGAGAAACUGUCGGAAAUUGGUGGCAGGUUGGAUUAUCCUCGCCUCACUAAAGAGCUUGCUCAAGAAAUAGAAACUCUCUGGAAAGACGACGCGAUACAGGAAACGUAUUCGCGGGGUAAUGAACUCCAAGUUCCUGACUGCACUCUUUAUUUUAUGGAAAAUUUGCAAAGGUUGGCUGUUGCAGAUUAUAUUCCAACAAAGGAGGAUGUUCUUUAUGCAAGGAUCCGUACAUCUGGUGUUGUAGAAAUUCAGUUCAGCCCGGUUGGGGAGAACAAAAAAAGUGGUGAAGUAUAUAGACUAUUUGAUGUUGGAGGUCAGAGAAAUGAGAGAAGAAAAUGGAUUCAUCUGUUUGAAGGUGUUACAGCUGUGAUUUUUUGUGCUGCUGUUAGUGAGUAUGAUCAAACUCUUUUUGAGGAUGAGAACCGGAACAGAAUGAUGGAGACAAGAGAGCUCUUUGAGUGGGUCCUCAAGCAGCCAUGUUUUGAGAAAACAUCCUUCAUGUUGUUUCUGAACAAAUUUGAUAUAUUUGAGAAGAAGGUUCUAGAUGUGCCAUUAAAUGUAUGCGAUUGGUUUAAAGAUUACCAACCCGUAUACUCGGGAAAGCAGGAAGUUGAGCAUGCUUAUGAGUUUGUGAAAAAGAAAUUUGAGGAGCUAUAUUUUCAGAGCACUGCCCCUCACUGUGUGGACCGAGUUUUUAAGAUAUAUAGGACCACUGCUCUUGACCAGAAGCUCGUGAAGAAGACUUUCAAACUGGUUGACGAGACCUUAAGAAGGCGAAAUCUCUUUGAAGCGGGUCUGUUGUGAUAGUUGUCUUCAUCCACAAGAAUAUGUUAAUAUCUCAAAAAGCUAGAUUCCUGCAGUGAGGUGGGAACACUUAUUAAACUCUUUUACACCGUAAUUUACAGGUAAAAAAUUGGUUGUUUGGUAUACCCUCUGUAAUAGGAACUUGAUGUUAACCAUGUUUCUUUUUGCCUUGAAAGAAGUCCCCAAGAUUAUGUUUACUGUUCGUAGCAUUACCGCUAGUGGGAGAAGCAAUCAAAUAUAUCCAAAGUUUUUUCUAUA